ACCAAACCUCUAACCCAACACCCCAAACUGGAUAAUCUCCUAGACAUAUUUGGCCGUAAUACAGAAAAUAAUGAAAAUGAUCUCACAUCAGAAUCUGAUAGCGAUAAUGAAACAACAGCUGAUAGUGACUACAAGCCCAUUGCUGGGCCAAGACUAAUUUACCCAAAAAAAAUAUGUAACAAGAAAUAG